AUGUCUGUACUGAGCGACACUUUGCAUGCUGCAAAUGGGAACGAAGAAACAGUAUCGAAAGUAGAUAUGUGUCCUCGCAGACUUUCAAGAGUUUCGCGCUUGAGGGAUAUGUUCCAAACUGGUGUUGUAAAGCCAAUCGACGAUACUGAAGAUGGAUUUGAUGUAGAAAGUUCAGUGUUUUCAGCAUACACCUGUCCUGAUUUUGAAAGGUUUUCAAGAGCCUUUCCGGGGUCCCCACCUAUGAAAACUCUGCGCAAUCAUCGAAUAAGUCUAAACAAGAAUGAAUCGACUCAACAUAAUGUUACGUCAUCCAGAUCAGUUGAUGGAGGUUUCUCUAUACCGGAAUCACUUUCUCCCCUUAAAUCUCCACCCACAAGACCUCCUAAGCCUCGUCAUAUAUCUCUAUCGAAACCUGCCGUUCUUGAAGAGGUGAAACUAAAACCGAUUUCUUCAAAAAUCGCUACCGAUAAUGCAUCUUGUAAUAGCGUUACAGAACCGGUGGACAUUUCCAACCAUUCGAUUACUAGCGUUGGUAAUAGCAUAGAUAAUCAACCAUCGACAGUCAAAGUAAAUGGAAGUUCGUUAAAUUCAACUACCAUUCGAAAUUCAACUCCUGUAACUAUUAUCAAAGCAGGACCGCAACAAACAUCCAAAGAUCCCGUUGAAUGUUUUUCUUAUGCUUCCAUAACUCCUUUAUAUUCGUCUAACAAGAUUGAGAAGGCGACUGAAAACGAUGUAAAUAAUGCUAUAAAUAAUAAUGCUCAUCGCCAAUCCUACGAAACAGCCAUUCAACCCUCCGAAGAUUUAAAUUCACAAUCAACUCAUUCCAUAUGCAAUUCUUCUGUUGAUCAUCAAUGUACAAUAUCAAAUUCUUCGGAUGUCCAGGAUUUUGUUAUUCGACCUGAAGCAUUUCACAAGUCUCUAUUUCCUGAAAUUGUAUAUAAAGAUAACAUUGAUGAUCUUCCUGUACUACAACAUGCUGAACCUGUUGCAGUAAAUGCUGAAGAUGAUGAUGAUGGCUUAGAUGAAAAUAUUGACAAUACUGAAAACUCUUUUGAAAUUGUUAUUAGUUCAUCUCAGUGUAAUACAUCAUUUAAUCCACUGAUCACUUUACCUGUUCCGAAAGGAUUGAAUGUUGUGGCUGUUGAUGACGAUGGAGUUCAUAUUUUUGAAGAUGGUAACUUUCUGUACGCUCUUCCUGGCUUAACUGAUAAGUAUUCAGAUGAUUCAGAUUUUUAUGACUCACGUGAGGAUGUUACCAAUAUUUCCGACUUAAUAUCUCCUUCAUAUACUGCUGAACAAGUAAACGAUGAAGAAAAUGUUAAAACAAAUAUGGACAAAAUCCUUUCAGUAUCUUCAUCAUCUAAUUCACCAAAAUCAAUAACUACAAGGAAAUUAGUUAAUAAACGUUCAGGUAGCAGUGAUAGUCUAGUCAAACAACCGAGAGUUCGAUUUAGUUCUGAACCAAUCUUGGUGUUCAGUACUCAUUCCACUACAGAUUAUAAUCGUAGAAAUGAAGAAAUAGAUCCAUUGUCUGCUUCAGCAGAAUAUGAAUUAGAAAAACAUCUUGAAGAUAUGGAUAUGUUUGAAAUCGAUUUCCGUAAAGGUGUAAAUGGUCUCGGUAUUAGCAUAGUUGGUUCCGGUGUUGAUACUUCAUCUGGUGAACAGAAAUUAAGCAUAUUCAUUAAAUCAUUUACUCCUGGAGGUGCUGCAGAGGCUGAUGGUCGUAUUCAAGUGUACGAUCAAAUUGUUCAAGUAGAUGGCCAUAGUUUGGUUGGUGUCUCUCAACAAUUCGCAGCUCAAGUACUCCAAAAUACUGGGGAAAUCAUUCAUUUUGUUCUAGCCAGAGAAAAAGACCCACCUAAUUCUCGCAUAGCAAAGAUAUUGACAGAAAAACAACAAGAGGAAGACGAAGAGAAUAAUAAGGGAGAAGAGGAAAAGGCGGUUGAGAAAGAGUCGAAGUUGAAUAAUAAUUCAUCUGAUAAAUAUCAAGAGGUUGUGUCUACUCAGACCGAUAAUCCUGUAAACUUAUCAGGCGGUGAUUCUACCGAAGCUUUACAUAAUUUGAUUGCUGUAGCUACACGAUCAUUGAAAGAAGCUAAACAAUGGAACAAGGAUGAUGAUGCGGAAGAGGAGGAGGACGAGGAUGUGAUAGCUGUUGAUGAAAGUAGUGUGGAUUAUGAUAUGGAAUAUCUUAGUGUUAAUAAUAAUGAUACAAACGAUUCAUCACCUGUAAACAGUCUUUUUCAACAGUUUAGAAAAUCUUCAAAUGGUAGUGAUAAUGUAAAAUCAUUAAAUGGUUAUUCCACUGGCUUAAAUUAUCAACAAUCUAGCCCUCGAUCAGCAUUAAAAGGUACAGCAACUGCAGCAUCGACUCGUCGACGUAACGAAGCUAUCAUGGAGUAUAUUCGUCAAGCUGUACUUAUCCAAGAUAAUGUAUAUUUACCAACUGAUCUAAUUAAUAAAGAUGACUACACUAAUAAAAAUCAGAAUUCAGAUAUAGCUACAGAAUGUGUUAGUACAGUGUCUUGGGCACUAGCCAGUGAAUUGCAUGAUCAUAGAAUUCAGCUACGAAAAUUCCAAUCACGUAUUCGAAAUCUAGAACAACGUUUGACUGCUCAAGAAGCUGCAGCGGAUGAAGCGAUAGAAAGACUUUGUCUACGUUGUCGUCAUUUGGAAUUAGAGCUUAAACAAUCACAACAAAAAUGUUCACAACUAAUCAUGUCACCAAAACAGCAGAAUAUCUCAAACUCUAAUAACUACUCUCCUGGAGCUAAUAACUUAUGUAAUCCAAUAUAUCAUUCAUCACUGUUGAAUGCCUCAACGUACAAAGAUGAUGAUGGAGUGGUGGUGUCUAGAGAAAAUCCUGAUGUUGUAUUGAAGAAAUGUUUUGGUCUAACUGAUACUGAUGAAUCUAUAGUUUCAAUUCCAAAUCAUGUAAGUCCCAAGGUGUCAGUGUAUGGACCUUACUCUUCUGAUGAUCAAGAUAAAGCUGAAGUGAACGGUUCUACUGAUAACCCUGUGAAUGUUAUACAUGAUGGUUAUUCAACUACCGUAGAAGUACCAUUAUUUGUUAGACAAAUGGAAGAUCGAACUCGAAUUGUCAGUUCAGGUGGUUUAGCACGUCGACGUCCACCUACAAAAAUUGUUAUAAAUUCACCGUUCUCCUCAUUGCAUGGACCCUCUGCUACUUCAUUAUCUGAACCUCAGGUGCCAUCGGUCACAAAUCCCUUUAAUUCUAAUAACUAUGAUUCUUGCUUGAAUAAAUCAUCAAAUGUUAUAUCUAAUACAUCUCAACCUCCACGUCCAGUUCCUCCACAUUCAUUUAUGUUCCAUCGUUCCUCUUCAAAUGAAAAACAUGCUUCUUCACGUCAGUCGGAAUUAACAUCUGCUAGUUUAGUAGAUUCAAAAGGCAAUUCAAUACAAACGAAACCUUCACGUAAACCAGUAGGUGGUUAUCAACUACCAGGAUUUUCAGAUAACUCGUUUUCCACUAUUGUUGGUAAUAACUUCUUUCAGUCAUUGAAGAAGACUUCAAAAGUGUACUUAUCUAAUGCGCGAAUCGAUAAAAAAAUAUCUAAAUUAACUGAUGUUGUUAGUGACCGCGCCUAUCUCAACACAAUUGGGAUUAGACGGUUUACGUUAUUUUCUCAAAAGUAUCAUUUUCUUUGUAUACGAACCCGAUAUUUAUUCUCCAAUAUGGCUGUCAGUUAUUUAAGUCAGGUAGAAGCUCAACAAGUAGAUAAUGAAUUAUUUACAGAAUAUGCUUUCUCUGUUGAUCAGCUGAUGGAAUUAGCUGGUCUAAGCUGUGCUGUUGCUAUCAAUAAGGCUUAUCCCCUUAACAAGCUAACUAAAUCCAAUGGUUCUGUACUUGUUUUUUGUGGACCAGGAAACAAUGGUGGAGAUGGUUUAGUUUGUGCUCGACAUUUGAAAAUGUUUGGUUACAAACCUUCUAUACAUUAUCCUCGUAAUCCAACCAAACAAUUGUAUAAAAAUUUAGUUAUUCAGUGUGAAAAAAUGGACAUUCCUUUUCUAUCAGAUUUGACAAAUGAAACAGUUAACUUAUCUCAAUCUUAUGAUCUAUUCAUCGAUGCACUUUUUGGAUUUGGUUUCAAACCGCCUGUAAGUCUAGAAUUCAAAAGUAUAUUACAAAUUAUGUCAACAAGUCAAAUUCCUGUCAUAUCAAUAGAUGUUCCAUCAGGGUGGAAUGUGGAAACUGGACCAUUAGAUAGUGAAAAUAAUUUAAAACCGGAUUGUUUAAUAUCAUUAACUGCACCGAAAUUAUGUGCUCAAUUCUUUCAAGGACAGUAUCAUUUUCUCGGUGGGAGAUUUGUGCCAAAUGCACUAAUGAAGAAAUACAAGUUGAAACUACCUACAUAUCCUAGUCAUGAGUUAUGUGUACUACUUAAUUCCUUCGAUGAUAAGACGUAG